UCGGGUAUAAAGAGGCCCAAGCAGCCUGCCAGGGACAGUCGCCUCUGCCGGGCAGAGUGGAAGGCACCAAGAAGUGAGCCAAGCCCCUGAUCGGAGAUGGCACCCACCACCGGAGGUCUGAAGGCCAUCACCCUGUUCCUCCUCGCCUGGACCGGCCUGGUGGCUGGGGACCGGAUUUACGUGCACCCCUUCCACUUCCUCUUCUACAGCAAGAGCAGCUGCGACCAGCUGAAGUCCAGUGCGGAGACAGCCGCAGAGCCCACCUUCACACCCGCGCCGAUCCAGGCCAAGACCCCUCCCCUGAAUGAGGCACACCUGCGCGACCAGCUGCUGAUGGCCGCUGGGAAGCUGGAGGCCGAGGAGAAGCUUCGGGCUGGGGAGGUCGGGAUGAUGGCCAACUUCAUGGGCUUCCGCAUGUACAAGAUGCUGAGCGAGGUGGGAGGCACCUCCCACGGGGCUGUCCUGUCCCCGACGGCUCUCUUCGGCACCCUGGCCUCUUUCUACCUGGGCUCCACUGACCCCACAGCCAGCCAGCUGCAGGCCUUCCUGGGCGUCCCGGGCAAGGACCAGGACUGCACCUCCCGGCUGGAUGGGCACAAGGUCCUCUCCGCCCUGCAGGCCAUCCAAGGCCUGCUGGUGGCCCAGGGUGAGGCCAGUGGCCAGGCGCGCCUGCUGCUGUCCACCGUGGUAGGCCUGUUCAUGGCCCCCGGGCUGCAGCUGAAGCAGCCAUUCGUGAAGGGUCUGGCUCCUUUUGCCCCUGUGGUACUCCCACGCUCCCUGGACUUGUCCAGCCCACGUGUGGCUGCUGAGAAGAUUCGUCAGUUCAUGCAAGCCGUGACAGGGUGGAAGAUGAACGGGCUCCCGGCAGGGGUCAGCGCAGACAGCACAAUGCUGUUCAACACCUAUGUCCACUUCCAAGGGAGGCUGAAGGGGUUCUCCCUGCUGGCCGAGCCCCAGGAGUUCUGGGUGGACAACAGCACACGGGUGUCAGUCCGCAUGCUGUCCGGCUCUGGCACCUUCCAGCACUGGCAUGACCCCCAGAACAACCUCUCCAUGACUAGUGUGCCCCUGGGUGAGAAUGCAUCCCUGCUGCUCCUCAAGCCUGGCUGUGCCUCUGAGCUGGACAGGGUACAGGCCCUUGCUUUCCACCAGGACCUCUUCAUCUGGAUGAAGAAUGCGUCUCCCAGGACCCUCCACCUGACCCUGCCCCAGCUGGAGCUGCGAGGAGCCUACGACCUGCAGGCCCUGCUGGCUCAGGCCAAGCUGCCCACCCUGCUGGGCGCCCAGGCGGCCUUGGGCAGGAUCAGUGACAGCGGCAUCAGAGUGGGAGAGGUUCUGAACAGUGUUCUCUUCGAGCUCAAAGCCGACGAGGGAGAGCAGCCCACCGAGUCUGCCCCGCAGUCGGAAAUGACGGAGGCCCUGGAGGUGACCUUAAACAGCCCGUUCCUGUUCGCCAUCCACGAGCGAGAUUCUGGGGCGCUGCACUUCCUGGGCCGCGUGGACAACCCCCGAGCAUAGCCUGAGAUCUGGCAGCAAGGGGGGCGGGGCGCACAUCGAGGGCUUGGGCCAGGCUGUGGAGACUGGGGCCAGCAACGUAAAGCAACGGGAUAGGCAGCCAUGGUUACCACCAGCAUCCUCCUGGCCUCCUGACCAGCACUGGCUGGCAAGUGGCCGUCUCUCCUUGGUGACCGCUGGGAGAGCGAGCGGCAGGAGUCAUUGGUUUGCUUGGAGUGGGGUGGGAGCUGGGAGUUGGCACUUGCACAAGCCUGCUGCUCUGCGAGGUGUGAACAGACCGACUUGUUUGUGAAGCCAGGAGGCAUUCCCUUUUUAACCAAGAGCAGACAUGAGGUUUUAAAAUUAAAAUACAUGUUGUUCCCUUGC